GGAACUUGAAAAGACGGCGGCAUGUAUCAUGCCAGGGCUUCAUGGUACAGAUAUCUCCUAAUCGUGGGAAUAAACGCAGUUCUCAAGAUGCAGAGCUUAUGUCCAGAUACUGACACCUAUGUGCGAAAAGCCUUGUUUACAGCAAUAUCGCCAAUAAAUUGGAGGCGUUUGGCGAUGGGAAACAGUUCCACUGUAGGGUCGUUUCCGAGCAUGUUGUUCGCAAUGGCCUCCGCGGUGUUAUGCUUCCUCUGUGCGAUUGAUAUGAGAGUGAACGGCAAGGUUGCGCACACGAGAAAGUUUUUCGCGGAUUCGGUGAGUGACAAGUCCCCGGCAUCAAGAUUGGAAGCUGUGUUGGGAAUCGAGAUCAAGAAAGGGUCCUCAAUCUGCGCGCCGUGCAACCGCGAAGUCACGCAUGUUUUACAGUGGCAGAGAGACACCGACAAGUGUACCAAAGCUAUCGAAAAAUGGCGAGGAAUAUUCAGUGGACCCAAGGAGGUUGGUGGACCCAAAACUCCUCAGAAACAGACGUCGGCGCCACUGGAAGAACGAGGCGGCGAGACGAAAAGGAACCUGCCCUUUACACCGACAAGGCACUCUCCCGCCCGCAAAGUGACCCGCUUGUCAGUCGAAGCCCGAGAAAACAUCGCGCCUCCGCCUUCAGACACAACCAGCCUACAGAUCCUCCUGAAGUACCCAUCAGACAAGCAUGCCAGAGUCAUCGAGUUAAAAGGAGACGCCAAGGCCCUGGUGCAACAAGUCACAGAAAAAAGCUGGAAUGCAGCAGCUAACAGCGCCUUGAGGAUGAAGAACAUGGGAGCUGCCUUGCAGAAGAAAGUGGCCAAGAAGAUCAACACGGAGGUACGUGACCUAGCAGGUAGCUCGAUUCUGGGGAAAACGUCACCCGACGAUCUCGUCAACUUCAACAUGGAUGCAUUUGCAGAGGAGCUGGAGACAAGAACCCCCUGGCUAAAUGCAUGUUUCCAGGGUGCUUGUGGUAAGGAGAGCAGACCAGCCCAGAUUGCCAAGUGCACCGCCGCCUCCAUCUGUGUUAAGGUUGAACACCCCACCCUUUCAGCAUGGCAGUACAGAAAUAGCUUUGUACUGCUGCAAGGGGGUGCCAAGAAGAAAGCUUUCAAACGUCUCAACAAGCAGAACAUCUGCAUGUCGCACAGCAGAAGCAUUGCGAAGCAAGUUGAGUUUGGAAAGAACAGAGACAGGGACAUGAUGGAAUGGAAAGCCACCAUAGAGGCCCAGUUUGGUGCCAUUUCAUCGUUAGAGGAGCUGUACAGCAUCAUUGAAGAGGAGGAGGCUUCAGGUGAAAAGGCAACGCUGGACCAGUCCGGGAACUCAACCAUCAGUUCCGCUGACCUUCAAGCCUGCAACUUUUCCUUCCCAUCUUUUGUCCAAGACUCACCUGAGGAUGACAUGAGCGAGCUGGGUGUAGAGCCACUGGGGCAGCAACUUGAAGAGGACAACACCAACAUCACCAAGGACAUCCCUGACGUACAGACCACACUGACAACUAAACUCCAAAACAUUCCUGGCUACAAAGUUGAAGAGUAUAAACGCGCAAUCUUUGCCAUCACACAGUCUGUUUCCAGUUUGCACAAAACCGCAAAGGACAUCAUCGCCAGUGCAAUCACAUUGCUCAAGGUCAUGCCAAUACGCACGUACCAGGUCAUAUUUGACAAUGUGGACAUUUUUGUGACAGCAAAACACCAAUCGAAGAGAAACAAGAACAGGUCCCUACAUUGGAUACAACAAUAUGCCGUAAUAGACAGGGUGCUGAAUGACUUGGACAGUUCCACCCCGCAGAAGUCACUCCGUGACCUGACAGUCGCCGACUACCUACCGACAGAAGCCAUACAGGCCCAACUGCGAAGAGACUACAUCAUCAUCGUGAGCAGGAUAAUGGUUGACUGUCUGGCUGCUUUCGAGCAGCUGAAGAAAGCAGCCGUAAGACACAUCCCACAUCCCUACAGCGAGGAGAUGUCGAAGGCCUCAGAGCAGACCUGGCUAGGCCUGCAGUUCAAAAAUGAGAAUGUGAGUGCGGACAUGGUGGAAAUACUUCGGUAUAUCCAAACCCACUUUGUCCCUGCAGAAGAGGAUCCCGAAGGCCGGAUCCAGCGCCUCCUUCUCACAAUUCUCCUUGGGGGAGACUGGCUUUCAGUGGAGAGGGCAGAGAAUGUCCAGUUGGCAUUCAUGGAUGGUGACAACGCAGAAGAGCGCCUGGAUGGUCUUCUCCCCAAGUUCGAGUUGUGGCACGCAAUAAGAAACUUGGUAGAGAUACUGCACAGCAUCUUCUACAAGGAGGCGUCGGCGGGUGACAAGGGAUCCUUGUGCUCCAACAUGAAUGUGGUAGGCGCAACAACAGCCAAGAAAGGACCCCACGAUGCCUACAACCACUACAAGGAGUACAUCAACAAGGACAUCGAUGCUCUCAUCAUCUACGCCUGCUUGAAAGCCUUCAAGUUGGAAAGCAUUGAUGCACGACCAGCAGACUUCCCCCCUGCCUACAUCCUGAAUGCCAAUCUCCACGUGCAAAAGGACUGGCUUGAGAGCAGGGCGGCAGAGAUUGUAGAUGACUUGCUUGCAGGCAAUACUGAGUCUCUCCAUGACAUCAGAGAAGGUAUGGCACCCAAACCGAGACCACAGUUGCCUUGCCGACACCCCGGUUGCCCAAAGGUGUACGUAAGGCCUGGGGCAAGAGUCACACAUGAAAAAGGCCAUCACGACCUUGUUGUGGAGGAAGAGAGCGAAGAGUCAAGUUUGCCAAAAGAAGACCACAUUUACAACUACCAGACAAGCAAACUGACCCUAGCUCUCUUGAUCCGCAACAUGGACGAUGCCACCAAGGAGGGAGACGGGGAGAGGUUAUCCAGGUGCUUCAGGAUGGCCCUUUUGUAUUACAAAGCCUACGGCCACACCAAAUAUGCAUAUGGUACUUUGAUGUUCUUUGCCAAAGUGAAUGCCCUGUUGCCCCCUAAGCUGGCCCACAGUCUGGUGUGGAACAGAGUAGUGAACAACAGAGGCGGUAAAGGUAACAAUAUCCCCCUGGAUCAAAAUUUGGAACACAUGAACAACUACCUGAAAUCCUUCCUGAAGCACCUUGGGCCUAACCUCAAUGAACAGAGUGCUGCCCGUAUUGCCAAUGCCAUUGGUGAAAUGGCGGCACUGCUAAAGAGGGCAGACUCAGACUUGGGUGUGCGUUCUGACUCUGGACGCCACACCAAAGCUGAUCGCAUUCCAGAGCUGCACACCCUGGUCGAUCAGUACGCACAGGUCGAGGCCCUUAGCUAUGUCCCAGGGAGGGAAUACAACUCCUUCCCUGGUUUCAAGAGGGACCUCUUGGCAAAGCUUUCUUCAGUCAAUCUAGCUAAAUGGGUGAACAGGCUAGUCUCUAAGUGGUCAGCUACAUAUGAGAAUGCAUGAGAAAUCAUCUUUGAUAGAACAUUCUGAUAAUUUGCUGACUCAUUCAAUGUAAAUAUUCUGAUUGCAUUGAUAGACCACGAGAUUGAAGUAAUAGACCACAAGUCUCUCGAUAUUUCAAUACUUCUGUUAGCUUAUAGAUGACUACUUUGUACUCAUGGACUUGACUUGUGAUUGAAUUUGUAAACUGUACGCAGAAGAAAUUGGAGCGCAACAGUCUUUGUAAAAAGUUCCGUAUAUCUUGUGCAUUGUUAAUCGAUGACUACUUUGUACUUGACUAGCGAUUAACUUUUAAUACUGUAUGGAGAAGUAUUUGGAGCACAACAGUCAAACAGUCAUUGUGAAGAAGAGUUCUAUUUGUCUUGUGCAUUGUAGAUUCCAGAGUAAUUUGUACUCUUUAUGGACCUGACCUAGUUAUUGACUUCUUAAACUAUACACAGAAGUAAUUGGAGCUCAACAGCCUUUGUAAAAAGUUCCGUAUAUCUUGUGCAUUGUAAAUUGAUGACUACUUUGUACUUGACUAGCGAUUAACUUUUGAUACUGUAUGGAGAAGUAUUUGGAGCACAACAGUCAUUGUGAAGAAGAGUUCCAUGUGUCUUGCGCAUUGUAGAUUCCAGUGUAAUUUGUACUCUUUAUGUACAUGACCUAGUUAUUGACUUCUUAAACUGUACACAGAAGUAAUUGGAGCUCAACAGCCUUUGUAAAAAGUUCCGUGUACCUUGUGCAUUGUAAAUUGAUGACUUCUUUGUACUCCCAAUGUACCUGACUAGCGAGUGACUUCUUAUACUGUAUGCAGAAGUAAUUGGAGCACAGCAUGACUUCUGAAAAGUUUCAUGUCUUUUUUUCAUGACUUUGUUACUGUGCAUAACAUGAUUUUGUUGUAAGCACAGAAGUGGUAUUCGUACUAAGUAAGGAUGAUCAAUAUACAUCCUAGUUCCUGUUAUCAAGUUGACUCAAUAAAACAUGUGUUUAUAUUCAGUUUA